GUCGGCCGGGGGAGGGGCCCGAGGCCGAUGAGGGCGCUGACGUCAUCUGCCUGCGCCCGGCGGGCAGUUCAAAGGAGCGCAGGAGGCCGGCAAGCGGGGGGGAGACCGAGGAGGCGUACUUCCCCCAAGAGCCGGUGGACGGUCGCAGAUACUGGAGACCCUGGGCAGGACCAGGGAGUGAACCCAGUAACCUUCGACCACUUUGAAAUUUUGCGAGCCAUUGGGAAAGGCAGCUUUGGAAAGGUCUGCAUUGUACAGAAGAAUGACACCAAGAAAAUGUAUGCCAUGAAAUACAUGAACAAACAGAAGUGUGUGGAGCGUAAUGAAGUGAGAAAUGUGUUCAAAGAACUGCAGAUAAUGCAGGGCCUGGAGCACCCCUUCCUGGUUAAUUUGUGGUACUCAUUUCAAGAUGAGGAGGACAUGUUCAUGGUGGUGGAUCUACUUCUUGGCGGGGAUCUGCGUUAUCAUCUACAACAAAAUGUCCGAUUUCAAGAAGGCACCGUGAAACACUUCAUCUGUGAGCUGGCAUUGGCGCUGGAUUAUCUCCAGAGCAGACACAUCAUCCACAGGGACAUGAAGCCUGACAACAUCUUACUGGAUGAGCAUGGACACGUGCACAUCACGGAUUUCAAUAUUGCUACCAUACUAACUAAAGGGACGCAGGUCAUCACUAUCGCUGGCACAAAGCCAUAUAUGGCUCCUGAGAUGUUUAACUCCACAAAAGCUACCGGCUAUUCCUUUGCUGUUGACUGGUGGUCUUUAGGAAUUACUGCCUAUGAGCUACUUAGAGGCAGGAGACCCUAUCACAUUCGCUCCAAUUCUUCAACAAAUGAAAUUGCUCACGUGUUCAGGACAGCUACUGUAAUGUAUCCUGCUGCCUGGUCUAAAGAAAUGGUGUCGCUACUCAAAAAGUUGCUUGAGCCAGAUCCCAAAGAACGUUUUUCUCAGCUGAAAGAUAUCCAGGACUUUCCAUAUCUGUCUGAUAUUAACUGGGAUGCAGUCCUACAGAAGAGGAUAAUGCCAGGAUUCAUUCCAACUAAAGGUAGACUGAAUUGUGACCCAACCUUCGAACUUGAAGAAAUGAUCCUAGAGUCCAAACCCCUUCAUAAGAAAAAGAAGCGGUUAGCUAAGAAGGAGAAAGACACCAGCCAAAGGUAUUCCUCACAGGGCUGCCAUCUUCAGAAGCACCUGGAGUCUCUCCAAAGGGACUUCAUUGUUUUCAACAGAGAAAAGAUGAGGAAACACCACAAUGAAAUCCAAGAGACUCUAACUCUGGCACAAACCAAAGACACGGAAGAAGACAGCCAAAACAACAACCUUUGAGCUCACUUAGUGCUGCCCUGUUUGUGUUCCCGAGGGUUCACUGCACACCUUCACCCAUUCAUAGAGCUCAGUAAAUAGAAUUACUCACUGAUAAAAGGACAAUGCAUAUACCCCAGCAGAGGACUACUAAGCCAGACCUUUAUGCACCCUUCCUUUCCUCUUUCCACCAAAGGUCAGGUGGAUACAGGGGACCAGGGAGAGGUCGUUAGUGGAGGCCCUGCAAAUAACCUGCCGAAAUAAACAAGGGUCAGAUCCUCCUUUUUCUCAGGAGCCUGACUGCAGAUAGGAGGAGCUUAUGCUAGUGGGGAGAUGCACAUUUGGGUAGGGAGUGCAAGUCUGAGCUAGGGCUCAGUUGAUUGCCAGUGGGAAGCAACAAAAGGGUAUUUAAUGCAUAAUUAGGUCGAUGAUGUAGAAUCAAUGGUUAGAGAUGAGCUGGCAGCAGAAUCACAGACCCAAACUCUUUGGGGUUUAGAUUUUGACACAAGCCUCACUGCUUUGACUAAUCUUUAAUUGUUAGAGGCAGAAGGAGGCUGCUCUAAACUGCUGGGCUCAUAUUUAAUCUGCAGCGUAGAGAAGACAGGAUCUUUGCAUCCAGCAAGGUCUUUCAGUAAUAGUUCUUCAGUCUAUGGUAGAGAAGUUAUUGUUCUUUAAUAUGGGAGAAAGGCAAAAAUUGUUUCCUGUGUUUCUCUUUUGCUGUCUCUGAGUGACACUUCCCUAACCUUAUGCUGUUGGGCAGGGCUGGCUCGGCAAUGGCUAAGAACAUCUAUCUGACCAAUGAGGACUGAGAGGGAAUCUACUAAUUUGGAUCAGAUUAGGAAGAGGUAGCAGCUUUGCAUGUCUAGGCUAUGUCUACACUGGCAGGUUCUUGCGCAAGAACAUCUUGUGCAAGGGUUCUUAUGCAAGAACUCUUGCGCAAGAACACGUCUACACUGC